GCUGCCAAGAACGAGGAAACACGAAAGGGACCUCAAAAAAAUCCUGGAGAGAAACUGGGAGGCGAUUUUGGUGGGCAAGAAGAUGAGUCUGAGACCCUCUCUGCUUCUGAUCUUCUUCGCUGUUGCUUCAUUCCAAGUUUUCGCGAAGAAGACAGGGGACGUGACUGAGUUGCAGAUCGGAAUCAAGUAUAAGCCAACGACGUGCGAACUUCAGGCUCACAAAGGUGAUAGGAUCAAGGUGCACUACAGGGGGAAACUCACAGAUGGAACCGUGUUUGAUUCGAGUUUUGAGAGGGGUGAUCCCUUUGAGUUUGAAUUAGGCAGUGGUCAAGUUAUCAAAGGAUGGGACCAAGGAUUGUUGGGUGCAUGCGUAGGCGAGAAGCGUAAGUUGAAGAUACCCGCGAAACUCGGAUAUGGGGAACAUGGCUCUCCGCCUACUAUCCCUGGUGGAGCGACAUUGAUAUUUGACACAGAGCUUAUAGCGGUGAACGGGAAAACUACGAGCGGAGACGACGAGCUCUGAUUCUCGUUUUAACGUGUGUUUUUUUUAAUGUCAAAAGAAAAAACAAAGAAAGACUCCCAUGAACUUUUGUCCUAAAGAGACUCAUAAAACGAGUUAUGUGAUCAGAUGAGGACAUAGUUAUUAUGAUGGCCCAUUUAUUUAGCCAAUGUCCGGGUUUCGGAUGAUAAAAUGUGUACCGUUUCCAAAUUCAUGUUUUGGGUAUC